AUUGGACGGUUGAACAGUGACUCGCGCUGACAGUCGGUAGCAGGUUGUGUGUGGGUGACAGUGGCUAGCAUCACAUUCACGUCUGGAACAACGACAGUCAGCUAAGUUGACAAGAAACAAUAGGAGAGUUUAUGUUCUUCACAGCUCAAGUAAGCGCUUCAUAAAAGGAUAAAACACUUUUUCUUCCCGCGGUGAGGAUGUCUGACCCGGCUGGAGAGGGAUGAAGAUGACACCACUGUUAUGGCGAGUUAUGUCAGUGUGGCUAUGUGUGGCGGUAGUCUGUAGGUAAGUGAAUAUAAUCUAAACAGUGCAACGCAAGUACAAAUAUAACGUGUAUAUCAAAGACGAACAUAAACUGUGAAGAUUGAGACAGACUUUAUCCAAGGUUAAAUAAAGUUAAGGUGUUGUACAUUAGCUAGCAACCUAGCUGCAGCACACUGCUGUGAUGUGGCACCUGGCUGACUUCUGACUUGUUUGGACUAAGCUUCACACACUGAUCCUCAAAGUCCUCAUCAACCAGGUUUAACAUGUCUAACAGAUAAACCAGCUGUAUAAUAAUGAUCAGAUACAAGCGACACCAUAAAGCAGCCACCACAUUCAUACUUUAUAACAAGAAUUGUCCUGAAUUUAAACAACUGACUGGAGUUUGAGCACCAGCUGAAAAUAUUUCAUGUAAUUGUCUAAACUUGUCAACAGAUUAAUAAGAUACCCUUCAGAGUUUAUUUAGACAUCACAGCAACUUUGGAGUUAAAGGGAAAAAAUGUAAAUUUAAAGAUAAGUACAAAAUAAACAGUUCAAGGCCAGACUAAACAUAUGGUUUUAUGGUUUGACAAAUGCUACCCUGAGUGUGAUACAGUAUUGUCUUAUGUUCACUGGCUUACUUUUAUUUGACAUUUUUCUCAGUUUGAACAAAAAAAGGGAUUGGUUUGGGCCUUAAUAGUGUUUUGACUCAUCAGCCAUUCAGUAAAGGAUUGUGCAAAGAUGUUUUACAAACAAACAAUGUCUGCAGACACUGCAAGCAGCCACUAAGCAAUGUGGUCCCCCAAAUGAUGACAUGUGUUGUACCCCCUCUGAGACAGGGUUUCAGUUCUAAAACAGCUACUAGCUGCUUUUUAUUAUAUAGUCGUCAGUGAUAUACAUACAGUAAUGUACUUGCUCCUGUCAUGGAAAUCAGUCAGAUUCAGAAAUAAGUCUAUGCAAACAUAACCCAAUGUAUUUAUCUAUUUAUAAGUCAGUUGAAAUUCCUUUUAAAAAAUAUUGCUGGCAAAGAUAACAAUAUAUAUAAGAUCAUGAUUUGCAUUAAUUAACAGGUAUUAUUAUCAUUGGAGGUACUUUAAAAGUUGUGUUGAAAAAUAGGGUCAUUAUAAGAUCCAUAAUAUCUCCACAAAGUUGUUUUAGAACAGUAAAGAAGCAGUUGUGAAAAUGAUAACACCAAACGGAAUGCUAUAGGUAAUCAUGGUGGGAAUUGCUGGGUUGCUCAAUGUAAGGUACUAAACACUGUACAUGGUAAUGACAGUAUUAUUAUACAAAGGUUCUGUGGUAACUGAUGAAUUGGAGAACAAGCUCAAUAACCAUUUAAGUGAAAAAUGCAAAUUCCCCCCUUAAGGUACAGAGUACUGUCAAUAUUAGUGAUGCCACUGCAAGGAGGUGGAGUGUCAGAUUGGAAAUCUAUUAAAAGAGCUUAAAACUUAAAAAUGGUUGUUGGAGCCAGAUAAUUGUUUGGCACAAGUCACAAGAUAUCUUGCUGUAUCAACACUUUUAUCAUAUUCAUAAAGUGCAAUCUGGCUGUAAUGUGAACAGAGGAAUUAUGGUAAAGGAUAACUUCUAUUGGAAGCUCAAGACUCAUGUCUUAACAAAUGAGCAAAGUGUAAUAUUGGGUAUAUGAUGGUUUUCUUUUCCUAUCAUCCAGUGUCAGGGUUUGACAGCGCUAACGUUAGCUAAUGUUAAAGAGAUCUGAUCCAUCAGCUGUUGAAAGGAUUACAGACCUUCCGUGUCAGGAGGGUCAGUCUUCUUGGAAGCUGGUUGUUGGGUCAAUGUAAGUGUGACAGAGGAUAGUAAAGCCAACAGAGGGGGCAGAUUAUGCAGGAUGAUUAUGGGGCUUUGACCAUGAUGUUCGAGGAGAGUGUCAAAACAUACCAAGCACCAACCACUGCUCUGUUAGACAGAGAGGGAGUGGAGGGAUAUGAUGUAAUGUGGUAUUAAGACUAUACUGAUGAUGUUGACCUGGCCUACUUUCCCAGGCAUUGCUUUAUCUUUAGAGUAUUUUUUAACCCUCUAAUGUCUAUUGUCUUGAUACAGUGUGUUUCAGUGAAAUGAAAAUACUGUACCUGUCAUGUAGUUUCAGGCUGUGAAAAUGAGUCACAUUUGGAUGUGAAUUGACUUUUGGCAUGUAGACACGUCUUGUCAGUAAAAGCACAUGUGUGAUUAACAUAAUAAACAGCUACAUUUACAUCUGUCAGCUCUGCUGCAUGUCAUACUGCAUCACCUACGCUCUUCUUGUUUUGACAGAUUUGCUGUAGAAAGGUCUGUGUUAGGUUUCUUAAGGUAACUGUGAGAAGUUUUUGAUGGGUUAUGAAGCACGCAAUAAUAUGAUUUGUAUGAUUUAUAUGAUGUAAAAGAGCAAAUAAGGGCAAUCAAAGAUAAGUUAAACAUUUUCUGAGUAAAAUUUUUAAUCCUUGUAACUGCUGCAAGGGGGAAGGCAGAAAACUGAAGAAUGUGAAAGACUAGAGAUCCUGUUUUUGCUGUGAAAUAUUGUUAGUGGGUGUAUACUUUGAGACUUUAUCCACUAUCUUAAAUAUUUAGUUGUAUGUAAACACAAAUGUUGCUUCUAAUAUUCUGUAAAUCUGAAUUCUUUACAUUCAUGAAAUAGACUGAAAUUCACAUUGAUGUCUUUUUCGUAACGUUAAAAACAAACAGAACCAUCAUCAACAAGAUUAAUGACUUUUAUCUAGUAACUUUUAAUUCCUGUAAUCACUGUGAGUGGAAAAGUGUCAGCCAAACAACUUAAACAACACUGUUUUUAUGGUUUUUACUCAAAUAUUACAAUAAAUGAAAUAACUAACUGUCAAAAGUCAGUAGGGUUAGGUUUUAUGUCAAAGGACACCACUUCAGCAUCUACAGGACAAAAUAAGCAAAGACUGUUUUGUCCAUAGGGGGCGCUAAAGUUGAUACAAACUGAAAGUUCCUCACAGAAGCUUUAAGGUGCGAUAUAGUAGCUCAGGAUAAAUUAUUAGCAUGUAGAUAACUAAUGGAAAAAUCUUAAUCUGUUACUUUGAUGGACAGUCAGUCAUUACUGGUAAACUGCAAAAACACAUAAUGGAGACAACAAGUCCUUCUUAACAUAUUUUACAUUGCUCCCGUAACAUCCAGUGUUCCUACCAGCAUCCUUUUGAAGUGUUUUACUGAUUUUGUUGCUCAGUCUUUUAUGAUUGAUGAACACUGACCAUGAGACGAGCAGAGCACCUAAAACAAGCUAAGCUAACUUCAGCAGCAGGGCCUACGUCCUCUCUGGAUGUGCUUUGACUGUUAAAUCAUCAGAGAUCCACUCAAGUCUAACGGGGAACAGCAGAAUUCAGUUCACUACCUCUCUUCUCUCUGCUGACACUGCACUGUUGUGUUAUACUAACAUCACAUGGUGCAUUUCCUGAAAUCAGUUAAUCUCUGACACAAUCAUUACAGGACAGGUCACAGCUACUAUGCAGUCAUGCUGGCAGCACAGUGCAGUUUGCAGUGAAGCAGUGGUAGAUUAUUAAGAUUACUGAACAGUUCUGAUAUUUUUGUCUUAACUAACACCAACACAGCAUACAUCAUCAUAAUUUUGGACAAAUCAUAUCAGAUUAUGAUCAGAUUUAAGAUCACAUUUGUAGUUAUCAGUAAUAAAACAUGCCAUGUGACAGGCACAGGUCUGUAGUGAGUCAGAGGUGUGGCUCAAGGGCAAUCUUAAUGGAAGUACACGUGUUCACACGGCCUUUGCACUUACAAAAGUUCUGUUUAGUUAUCCAAAUCAUCUUGUAUUGAACUGCACAGUCUGUCAUCUAGUAAAACCUGCUUGUUAAAUCUUUGGUUUUACUGCAUUUUAUCUAUUUCCCUUCAGCUAUGAUCCUGCUUGUUUUUCCAGUAACCCUUGAGUGCUGAAAAACCCCUCCAGACUCACCCUGAAGGGGAUAUCCAUUUCAUCGAUGGCGAUACACCUUAGAAAGCACCUUCAUUUCCUGCCAUUGUCUUUCGAGUCUUUUAUUUUGACUUCGUCUCCAAACAGUUAGUGAAUUAUUAAGCAGGUCAUGCCAUAAUACCACUACUGCUCCUGUGGGAUGACAGCUGGCUUUUCAUCAGAAAACAAAUGCUUUGUUGUUGUUUACUGAAGUGUUUGUGGCGACCUUAGCCUCUCAAGCCGCAUAAACAAAGCUGUCACACCAGACCAGUGGCCGAGUAAAGAGCCUGACCUGGAAACCUGUAUGAAAGCCAGAUAAUGGGGCUGGGAUUGUUUGACGUGUCACAGGUGCUGUUGUUGAGUUUGGCCUUUGAGACUGCAUGAGAGUUUUACCACAACAGGAACAGGGGCCCCCUAAUAUUGCACUUAUUUACAGCCUUGUUAACACUAAUCAUUACCGUUGUCCUGCCCUGAGUGGGAACAGUCACUGUGACCCUGAAUGUUUCUGUGUCAACCAACAAAGCUUCAAACCAGCAGGUUGAUUAGAUCUGUACAUGAAAAAAAAAAACCUUACAGAAGUGGAGAUUUAAAAUCUUUACUUGUUGUUACCUGCUCCUGAAGAUGAGCAGUGAGAUGCAAUGACUGUGUUACUCACUCGUCUUUUUGUCAGGUGUUUUAUUUGUCAGACACAAGACAUGAGAGUGUAUUAAAUUAUAAAAGCAUUUGAGAAAUAUUGCUUCUUUUGCUUCUAUUUUGUAUAUAAAUCUUAAGGCCAGAUGGUGUGGCUAAGCAGUGUGUGACUUUGAAAACACACUGUAGCUCUGCUCACAGAUAAGAUAAAUUGUCUAUGUUAGGAUACAGGCCACCAGAGGUUCCUGACUGCGUCACACUGGGACAUUUGGACACUUCCUCCUCUGUGUAUGACUCACUGCAGUCCAGUGAAAUCUUUAGUGUGCUUGAUUUAAAAGUUGGCAGUACCCUGAAGCGAAGGCUUUCUUCAAAGAUACAAGGACCUUUUUUUUCUCAAAGAAUAUCAAAGUGACCUACUUUUGGAGAAAACAUUACAGAUUGUCUUUCACUUUGUCUCCUAGGUACCCUAGUUUCUAUGUGGGUUGCACAGAGUCUCAGCAAGAGCCCCAGAGGCCGGUGUCCUCACAGGACGUGGGUGCGAAGGAAGACUCAGGGGAAAGGAGCCAACACCAAAAGGUAGCAUCAGCUGCUUACUACCAUACUAUAAAGUUACUCAGAUUGCCUCUUGAAAUCUUUAAUUAGAUCACACCACACUGUAUAGUUGAUCAUUCUUUAGAUCAACUUUCAAGUAGGAGUGCAACAGAUCAUGAGUUUAACCGUUUGAAAUCCCCCCUUUUUAGGAUUAGGGUCAUGAAAACAGUCUGUAAUAUAAAAAAACUGGUGCAUUAAAAUGUCAAACACCAACAAAUAUUACUGACCAAAGAGCAAGUUUUGAUGUAAUCUACGAAAACAAGUUUUGUUGUUUGCCACCUAACACAUACACAUGGUGGAUGUGUGAGUGUGUUUUUGCACUAGCUGCUGCUGAUACUGCAGUGUGUGCUAUAAACAGGAUGCAUGCAUUUAGGGGCUUUAUUUUCGUUUUUUUUACACUGAGCUCAACACUGCAUCAUCACAGAUCUGCGGUGAUAAUUUGUGUUACCAAGGAAAUCUGCCGUCUUUUUAGGACAGUUACUCAGCAGCAUCUGAUAAUAGAAAUAGCAAAGCAAUUUCCUGAUGCAGCACAACACAUUUAGUUAUUGUAAAGGGGUUUAAUACUGUCCAUCAGUAAUUUGAGAAAGUAAAAAUUCUGUAUUUUUCAAUCUCAGUUCAUACAAACUUAAAUACCUCAUACAUUUUUAUCUAAUUUCAUGUCUUUUUUCUUUUCUUUCUUUUUUUUAAAAAUUUUCUUGUGUGUAUUUUGCCGGGUUUUUUUUUUUUUUUUUUUUUUUUUUUGAUAUUGACCAUCCUGUGGGUGGAUCUGAAAUAAAGUUGAAUAAUAAUAAUAAUAAUAAUAAUAAUAAUAAUAAUAAUAAUAAUAAUAAUAAUAAUAAUAAUAAUGAUGAUGAUGAUUAUAAUAUUAAUAAUAAUAAUCAUCAUCAUCAUCAUCAUCAUCAUAAUAAUUCAAAAUCUGUUAGUUAUGGGCCACAGUUCUAAAACUUAUUUCUCAAAGUACUGGAACACUUUAUUUAAAGUUUUAGUGAAUCAAAAUUUCAAACUGUGAAAAUAUUGUGUAUUGCUUAGUCUAGUUUUCAGCCAAUAUCAUGGCAGGGAACGCUGACUUCACAGUUGUUUGGAGGACAGUCAAUGACACCCGCCAUAAGGAGGAUAAAUCACAAAGGUCAUUGGUAGAAGACUGAAUGUUCACAGAGUGAUGUACUAAAACAUUUUGAUAGAAAGUUGAUUGCUUUCUUGUCAAGAAAAGUCGAUUCAAGAACUCUGGAAAGGAGUUGACUGAUGCUGGUGUUGUUGCAUCAUGACCCUCCAUGUUGAGACAUCUUCAGGUAAAGGGCCAAAAUUGCUACAUUCCCAAUAUCAAGCCACUCUUGACAAAGUCAGAGGCACCUUAACCGAGCAAAGAUGAAUGUGAACUGGACUGUUGCUCAGGGAUCCAAAGACAUCUUCUGGGGUGAAAGUAGAUUUCUCAUCCCAUUUGAAAUUCAAGAACCUACAGCGGAGAGAAAGAGUGGCACAAAGUUUCAAGGGGUUUGAAGUCAUUGUGAAGUUUCCACGGUCUUUGAUAACUUCGGCCUUGUCACCUGCAGGUGUUCUUCUCUGGCAUUUUAUGAAGUCCAGAGUCAAUGCAGCCUGAAGAUUUUAUGACAUUUCAUGCCUCUGUCUGCCAUCACACUUUGUAGAGAUGUGGGGGUUUCCUUUUUGAACUGGACUUGGCAUCUGCACACAGCAUGCAAACUACUACCAAAGGAUUUGCUGACCAUUAUGUUACAGUAUAUGAUUGACCAGCCAGUUUGUCUGGCAUGAACUCCACAGAGGAUCUCUAAGUAUAAUCAGGGGAAAGAUGAGAAAGCUGAAGGUCACUACCUCUCUAUGUCGAGCCCCAAACAACUAUUGAGAGAAUUCAUGAGCAAAUUUUUCUCAAGCUAGAACUUUUUUGUAUUUUAGAUCUUUUUCUAAUUGAUCUUAGGAAGUAGACUGAUAAUUCAAGAUUUUUAUGAGCUGUGAGCCAAACUCGUCAAAAUCACAACAGAAAAAAAUGAUGAAGUACAGAAUGAAUGAGGUUUUUUUUUUAAUGAAACUAUGAAAGUAACUUUCCAUUACUCUAACCUGCUGAGAUGUUCUUGUAUAGAUUAUUUGUUUUGUUUCUGCGACCGAUCUGUGAACCCAUUAGGGGGAAAAUAUCAUCAGUCUGUGUGUUUGAAAUCAUGUUGUACUUUUGUCUCCAGGUUGAGGAAAGCCCUCCUGUCCAGUCCAUGUCUGAAAAUGCACAGUUGGUUGAUGAAAAUCAACUAAAAGAGAAGCAGACAACUCAAGAAGUGGAGAAAAAAAAUCAUUUAGAGGUUCGGUAAAGUUUUUGGAUUCAUGUAAAUUAGAAUUUGUUCACUACACAAACACAGAUGAGUAAAUUUUUUUAAGGUAGAAUCAUUUUGUUUCUUGCAAAGCUGCACAGCCUUUUUAGACCUGGAUUAUAAAUCUGAAGAGUUUUACCAUCUCCUUAAUCUUAUCGAUUGUUCCUGGAACAUUUGAAGCUCUCAGUGCUGCUGAUCAGUUCAACCCUGGCUAAUGGUACAGACGAUCUUACAUUUCCCUUAGCAGCUCAAAUAUCUCUCUGUGUUUCCAUCAGGCCUUCGAAGUGGAGGUGAACACAAUAAAGGAAGAGUUGGAGGAAGACAAAGGAAUUUCACAGCAUGAGCCAAAACCCGAGCAACACUCAGAAAACCAGCCUCCUGAAUCCUCCAUCGCUGAAGAGCAGGAACCUGCCUCCCCGAUCCUGCCAUCAUCUGAUCCUGUCGCUGAUAUUCCUGCUGAGCUUAAAGAGGACCUUAGCACCCCUAACCCUAAAGACAACACCCUCAACAGGUAAGAUGUUCCUGCCUUCAGGCUAAGUUGUUUUUAUAAACCGUCAAGGAGAGAAAAAAGCUCAAAACAGUCUGUUAUAUCAGAUUUUCCUGGCUUAGAAGAACACAGGGUUUAUAUUUAUCUAAAUUAUUAACAACAAAUGAAAUACCUGCAAAACAGUAACAUGAUUUUUUGUCCUAUGUCAGUGUUUCGGAUGUUUCAUCUGAUGAUACUGCACCUGAGGUCACUGAUCCUGACUUGCCUCCAGCUGACUGUGAAGAAAACAACCCAUACGACAAUGACAGGUGGGUACGGUGCAUCUGUGUGACCUACUUAGUGAGCUAAAAAUAUCAGGGCAUCAUUUCUCUGUCAAUGUUAUGAGGGGCUUGGCCAUGCCAGAAUUUAUGUAGAGUGUGUUUCAAGAAAGCUGCACGAUUGACAGGGGUUGUCUAGUUUUAUAUCUGUCAUUCCAGCCAUUUGUCCCCUUCUCUAGUAGGUGAUAACUCAGGAAACCUCAGAAGGAAGAUCUUCGUACAUGGCUUCAGUAACGAUGAGCUGAUAUGAGUUUGAUGAAGUCGAGGAUCAGUAAUUAACCCUGUUUGUUUUUAUGUCCCCUCAGCAGUCCUCCAGUCGUUCUGGAGAACACCUCCAAUGCACACACUGCAGGUACUAAUACCCAAACUGCCCCCCCUCUGACCCCCCCGACUGGUCAGAGCUCACAGCACCCUGAUACUAACACCUCACACAGGCUGAGGGAGCAGGUAAGGAGCUCUGACACCAUGUGAACUAUUUUCCUCUCCGCUAAAGGAGGUGGAGGUCCCAGCUCUCAUUUCCUCAUUAUCUGUGACAGGACCUGAGCUCCCCUGCUGCCACAGACACAGAUUCCAGCGUGAGCAGCAAAGACCCCGAGGACAUCCCCACUUUUGAUGAGUGGAAGCGGAAGGUGAUGGAGGUGGAGAAAGAAAAGAGUGAGUUCAAGUUUGUCCUCCAACAAAGAUAUGGUUAUCUAUAAAAUGUGUAUAAGUCUGUACUAUGUAAGACCAAAGACUGGCUUUAUCAAACUCUCCAAUAACUCUUGUCAAUGUUCUUCCUCUUUACAGCUCAGUCUACUCACACUUCUAACAACGGGGCGGCUACUGUGGUGAAAAAGGUUCAGAAAAACUUCAACAACUACGCCUCAGUGGAGUGUGGAGCUAAGAUCCUCGGCUCUAACCCGGAGGCAAAGGUACCACACAGUAUAAAAGCACAAGAUAGCUUGGCUUUUGUUAUUACAUUCAUCCAAGGGAACGUCUUGAAAGCAGACGGUUAAACCUGAUCUCUGUGAAAAAAUGAAAGUGAAAAUAAACAGCUAUAGAUAACCAUCCAGAAGUAGGUUAAAGCAGACUUUGAGAGUUCACCAGUGAUGUGGUGAUUUUCACCCAAAAUUAUCCAUACAAUACAGUUUAAUUAAUUACAAAGACUGCAGUUAAUUUAAUUCUUAUUUUGCUGUGUCAGUACUGGCAUGGAUAAUUUCAAUAAUAGCACCAGUGAUAUUGUUUUUUCUUUAAGAGUUCACAAAGCAGAAACAAAAUAGAAACAAAACAAGGGCAGAGUUGGCAGAAAGAUAGACCAAGAGGUUAAAAGAUACAGAAACAAAGGGGAGAAGAUACUGAAUUAAAAGAAAGUAAUAAAUGAAACAAUAAAAAAAGAGGAGUGAAUGCUGGGAAAAAUGGAUUAUGUUUGUGAACUUAUGAGCUGAUUUCUGAGCCAUUAUUGUAUGAUAUCCGACAUGUAUUUCCAUUAGUGCAAUAAGGCAAUUAAUGAAUAGGUGACCGACUGUUUGCUUCAACAUGUUCAGUUGAGUGUUUCUAUAAAAAUGAAGUGUAAAAAAAAUUUUGAGCAGGAAUAAAUGAAGAGAAAUUUUAGGAAGAGAAAUAGAAAUAAGGUAAAAGAUGUACCUAAAACAGGUCGUUCUGAAUUUGCAGGGACAUGAUGGCAAAAGCUCGGUCAUCUUUAGGUUUAAGCCUCAACUGUAGAACGACCCCAGAGACCCAACCUGAGGAUCAUACUGAGCUGACAAUUGUAGAUUUUAGCCAGACCUACAAGGGCUUUAAAGGUGAUGAUGUGUUAUCAGUCAAGGACGUUGAGCUGCUGAAUUCUGAGUUUAGUCUGAGGAAAACGUGUCUAAGCAACAGUAAUCAAGUCUGGAUCAGCACAGACGACUUUUUGAGGGUCUGGAUUAAACACUGUUAGUUCUACUCUGAAUUUGGUGUUUGUGUUUGGAGGAGGCAUGACUUCACAAAUUUUUCGAGUGUUAAUGUUCGGUGAUCAAUCAAGUACGAUUCCAAAAAGUCUUGCAGCUGGCUUUACACUGCCUGAUCACAAUCUCACACGUUUUAUUCUUCAUCCUGCUGAGUAACCUCUUGCUUUGUAGUUUAUAAACAUAACAAGAACAACAACUGCAUAUUGAUUUGUGUAUAAUUUACUCACAGAGCACCUCGGCCAUCCUGAUGGAGAACAUGGACCUGUACAUGCUCAACCCCUGUAGUAAUAAGAUUUGGUAUGUCGUACACAGACACCUCCUCACUGUUUCAUACAACCAAACAAAUACCGAGUGUGUUUUACGUCCACGUGAAGCCAAGUUUUCAGUCGCUUUUUUUCUCAUUCUCGCUCAGGUUCAUCAUUGAGCUCUGUGAGCCCAUCCAGGUGAAACAGCUCGACAUUGCCAACUUUGAACUCUUCUCCUCGACUCCCAAAGACUUUCUUGUCUCCAUCAGUGACAGGUGAGAACUCCAGCUGUCACAAAAGUUACGAUAUGUCAGUCAUACUGUUUAUCAAAACAUGAACUAUCACAAAGCUGUAUGUAUUUCCAAAAUCGUGUGGUAGAAAUAUGAAAAUGUGACCCACAUUGAUUGAACCCACAUUAUGAAAUUAUAUUUUCAAAAUAAAACCUUAAUCCUUGAGUAAAAUCAUGUUGCUUAAAUGACUCAAAUCUUGAAUCCUGUCUGUAUUGUGCAAAUCUUCUCCUGUAGAUAUCCAACAAACAAAUGGCUAAAACUGGGAACAUUUCACGCCCGUGAUGAACGCACAGUCCAGAGUUUCCCUUUAGAUGAGCAUCUGUAUGCAAAAUAUGUGAAGGUGAGCACAAAUCUCUCCAUUUAUCCUUGAUUUAAACACGACUUUCUGGAUCUGUCAGUGGUCUCUGCUCAGGUGGUACAAAAGUGUCUUUGGUAAUUCCUUUGUAUGCAUGUGAGAAUUUAACAUUUUACCACUGAACUGAACUGUUUCUGUACACUUUCUUUUGAAUCUCUUUGAUCGGACAGUUUUGCUCCAUGACAUGUAUUCAUCUUUGUCCCUCACAGUUGUCUGGUGUAUGUUGUAUAGAGGGAUAUGACUUCUGUUUGAAUAUUGGAUGUGGUCAUGCUUUGGACAGAGCUCAGCAGUUUGGAGUUUGACGGCCUUCGGGCCACCUAACGUAUCAAACUCAACAGUUUCUCAUCCUGUUUGAUGCAUGUGUACUUCUCUUUAAUUUGUUUCUCUUCUUUCUGUCUCUCUUGCCUCAGAUGUUCACCAAGUACAUAAAGGUUAGCUGCUUUUCUUGUAGAGGUCUGUCUGUGGCUGGCUGCAGGGGAGUGGAUUUUGUCCUUCUUUUAUUUAUGUGCUGUGCUUCAAUCCACUCAACAUAGAUCACAUCUAACUUGCUAUGCUUGCUGAUAACCCAUUAUAUCUUUAUGGAUUAUUUCUCAAAUGCUAUCACACAUAAUGAGCUUUUGACUAUCCCUGAAAUGAUACCCACCAGAUGUCAUUCAAAUAAUCAAGUAUAGUAAGUUAAGCAACCUAACUCCCUUUGUAUGAGGACAUUCCUUUGAGGUUUUCACAAUUCACUGUCAUUCAGUUAACAUGUUAAUUGUACAAUGAACAAAAUUACACUUUUGCUUUUUUUGUUAUUAACAUAAUGGCUGCUGACAGUGGUGAUUUGUGUCAGGAAGAACGUUGGACACAUGAUAACAUCAGAAUCAUUUCCUGCAUUUUCAGGUUGAGCUGGUGUCUCAUUUUGGCUCUGAGCACUUCUGCCCCCUCAGUCUCAUAAGGUAGGACAAACACCGCCUUUUGACAUCCCAAGCUUUUUUCCUCCUCUAAGCUGUCUAAACAGAAGUUUAAACCUUGAUAUUGUUCAGGAUGUUUGAGAUGAUACAGUUUGAAGCUGGUUUUACUUCAGUAUCAACAAAUACUGAUUCACUCACAGUGUUUUGAAAAAGGGAUUGCACCCAGCAAGAGCUCUUGAUGGUGUCCAGUGAUAUUAUGUAAUGUUAGUCGUGGUAAGCUCAAUCUCACACACUAUCAAGUCUGUGCUAGGAAGAGGGAGAGGCAAUGUGUAUCUUAGCAGCUGUUCAGCGAGAUGUAAAGAUAGAUCAGACUGGAGCAAAAAAAGCAGCAGACAGUGUUAUAACCAGAACAUACCGUAUAUCUAAUAUGAGCUUAUACUACUCGUGACUGAAACAGUUGUUCAGCAAAUUAAUCACUCCCAGCUGGUUACUAAUAAAACCUGAUAUCAGGGAAUUAUAAUAAUUACUUAAGUGAAGUAGCACUUUCCAGAACAGAGUUACAAAGCACUUCACAACAUAAAAAAGGAUAGACAUAGAGGAAGAACAUACAGCAAAACAGUCAGUCAACAGGAAUGAUUCAUGACUUAAUAAAAGAUAAAACUUGAACCAUGUUAAAAGUUUGUAGCUACAGGUUAAUUAAACAAAAAUAAGUUAAAAACAGGAUAAAAUGAGUUAAAAACAAGAUAAAAUAGGUUAAUAAAUAAUUAAAAGUUAGAAGUCAUAUCUAGUAAAAGCACACCUAUAAAUAUGGGGUUUUAAACAAGUUUCAGAGAAGAGGAUAAGGAACUUGCCAGUCUUGUCUCCUCAGGCAGUUUGUUCCAGAGAUAGAGGUCCCUGGUUUAAAAAAAAAAGAAAAAAAAAAAAACUAGUCCCUCUUGUUCCUCAGCCUGGACUGUGGGACAGUCAGCGACCUUUGACUGAAGACCUGAGGGUACAACCAGGCUUGUAAGGCAUGAGGAGAUCAGUGAUGUGCUAAGGGGUAUAUCUGGAUAGUGCUUUAAAAGUUAUCAUUAAGAUCUUAAACUCAACUCUAUGUUCAUUUAGAGCAAGUGGAGGGAGGCUAAAAUAGAGGUGAUAUACUCUCUGUUUUUUUUUGUUUGUUUGUUUAUUUUGGUGUGGAGUCUGGCCAAAAGAAAACCUGGGAAUUAAAGUGUUCAAACUUUCUCAUGUGGAGGGAAAAAUAAAGUGUUAGUGUGUAUUUGACAGCUUUUAUAGUGCUAGUCUGCCCCCUACAGGCCAUUUGAGACUUCUGAAAGGAUCACAUUUAAUGAGUUUGAUUAGAUUUCACAGUUACAUCAGCCUGGUUGUAAAAUCAUCUUGAUGUCUUUUUUUUCCAGAGUGUUUGGCACAAGCAUGGUAGAAGAGUAUGAGGAGAUAGCUGAUCCCUCAGAGAGACCGGAUGAUCUGGACGAUGACUUGGGUAAGAGUUCUCAAUCCAUAAUAUACAAAAUAGUCAUAAGGCAAAGUUUGGAGCAUGUUAUGUUAAAAAAUUAUAAAGUAAAACUAAAACCUCCUCUUUUUGCAGAUUAUCCUCCUGGAUACACACCCGGUGAAGCCAAGUUAUCAAAGAAUCUGAUUGGCUCUGCUAAGGGUUUGUAUGAAACACUGAUUUCUUCACCAAAACAGCCAAUCCAGGAAUGUUUACAGGGUUUCCUGAUCAGCUUGUUACUCCUGUGUUUCAACUUUCUCCUCAGAUGCUAUUUUAAACAUGGUGAAUAACAUCGCUGUCAAUGUUCUUGGUGGAAGCCAAGAUAUGCAAGGUAUGACAAAUGCUCACCUUGAAUAAAAGCAGCUCUGAUCUACAGCUUGACUGUCACAGAUCUUUCACAGCUGUUUAUGGUAUUUCAGCAAUGACUUCAAAUGUUUUUGUAAUGUAAUUGUUCUUGUUCUUGUUUUGCAGGCAACCUUUCAUCACAUGAGCUGAACAUGACUGAGCCAUCAACAGAACUUGAAAUUGCUACACAAACUCCUACUACUGACUUCACUUUAGUGUGAGUACAUGUAAUUACUCAGAGAUAGGCUGAUUGAUUGGUUGGUUGUUUAAUUAGGCUGAUUGAUGUUAUUUUUACAUGAUUGGCAUCAUGUCAGCAUUGGCACUCAGAAAGUUGUUGUUAUCAUUAGCUGCGUUUACAUGGGCACAAAUAAUCGGAAUAAAAAUGCGUCAUGUAAACAUGUCGAUCGGAAGAUUCUGAUCCAAUUAAUCUCAAUCGGAAAGACAUUGUAUUUCUGAUCAAGAGGGGUGGUUUAUGUCGAUAGUUAUUCCGAAACACGUCCAUGUAAAUACUUAUUCUGAUCGUGACUCUCGAACUUGACUUGGUCUUCGCUCUUUAGACUUUGGCUUAUUUAUUGAGGUCAGUUCAGGAGGUUUCAUUAUUAACACUCCUCUGAUAACAAAACAAGGCGUACCUACAGCCUAAUGAUGUCACAUCUGCACGCACAGUGCAACCUUUGAAAGAACAGUUAAAUAAGUAAGCAAGGGCGCCAUCUAGUGACAAGAUUUAACAGGGAGAAAACUCCUGAACUGGAUGGAGUGAGUCACUACCACGUUUGUUGGUUUGUUGACAGCAGCACAAGCGUAAAUACAACUCUUCUUCUGCGUUUUUUUUAGUGAAAUCAGACAACUCUGUGCAUGUCCAAAUACUUCUAGUCUGAAUAAAGCUUGGUGCUAAAGCUUGAUUUUGCACCCAUAUAAACAGUGGAUCCAGAUUAUCCGAUCCCUCAAAUUUUUAAUUGGAUCAAGAAAUUUUACCCAUGUAAACGUGGCUUUUCUCCUUUGUAAAUGAUGGUCAAACUCUAAGUUAUUGUAUUUACCAUGUCAUGUGUUCUUUUUGUCUUCCUCUGUAGUCCUGACUCUGGAGAGGGAGAGGUUUUAGCAGACCCUGAUGUCCCUGUAACGCUACCCCCCUCCUCAGAGACGCCUGAGCCAGAGAAUCCGGCAGUUGACACAAGCAAACAUGAGCUCCCCCCAGUGGAGGAAAACAUUAUCAUUCCUGCAGGGAAAGAUGAGGAGGAACCAAUUAGCUCUACAAUCAUCCUUUUGGAUAAAGAGGAAGACUUGGAUGAAGACAAAGAGAAACUCAAUCAGCAUGAGCAACGAGAAGAAGAAAUCCAAAACUCCUGUUCUGCACUUCCCUCUUUUUCUUCCUCUUGUUCUUGUGCAGUCUCCCUCCAGGAGUAUCUCUUUAAACAGUGUUCAGCGCUACUGUCCAAAAAAAGGAAAUGCCAAACAAUCAGCAGAAAACAAAUAGUUCCUCCCAUCCAAACACCCAUUUGGCUCCUACCACUGUCCCCCUCCGCCUGCCCUGAGCCCCAGCAGCACCACAGCGAGGUGCCUUGGCCCCCUGAAAAAGAACAAGCCUCUGAACAGGAGCCAGAGAGCGGAGCCAGCGCGUCACAAACACCAUCACCUCUUCCUGCUCCAGGGAACACAGCUGAGUCUCAGAGAGAGUCCAUGUUCGAGUCUCCUCUGCUGGAGCCCAGUCAAACCUCCAACCUCCCCGAUCCCAGUGCUGCUGACUCAUCCUCUGCCAAACCCACCCCUAUUGUGGAAACAACGCAGCUGUCUUCAGGGGAGCCAUCCAGAGAGCCGAGGCCAGAGAAGAGCCAGGAUGUGCUGGAUGAAGAGAGGCACAUUGAGCCUUCAGUUACUCUUAGUAGCUCCAUCUAUGUGCAGCCCAGCGUCAGUGCAUCAGAGGACGAUUCCUCACAGGCACCAGGGGAGGAAAAGUCUGAUAGUGAUGUUCCUCAGGUGGAGAUUACAACCCCUGUUCAUAUCCCCGAUAAAAAAGAUCAAACCAAACUACUUAAUCCUACCGACACCCCUCAUUCAGAGCAUUUCCCGGACCCUCCAGUUGCACCUGAAGGCAGCACUGCUUCCACAGAAUUGUCCCAGCCUGCUCCUGACAUCAUAGCAGAGCUUGAGCCGUCAGCAGAACCUAAAUCAGAGGACUUUGCAGAAGAUAUUUCUGCAUCAUCACUCAGUAACAGUCAACUGCCUCGCCCUUCUACCCCAUCGCCUUCCUCGUCGUCCCUCUCAGACAUCUACGCAGACCCCCCCAAUGGCACGGAGCAGAACGGGAACCAGGUGCACGGAUCCAGUCAGAAGGAGUCAGUCUUUAUGAGGCUCAACAAUCGCAUCAAGGCCCUGGAGAUGAACAUGUCACUCAGUGGACGCUACCUGGAGCAGCUGAGCCAGAGGUGAGAUGCAGAAACAUACACACCUACCUACUGACAAGAAAACCAAAAUGAGCAGGACUGCAGUUAAACUGAGUAGAGGGUGGUUUAAAAAUCCUUAUCUGUUUGUUUUUAUCAAAGGUACCGUAAGCAGAUGGAGGAGAUGCAGAAAGCUUUCAACAUAACCAUCAUUAAACUGCAGAAUACCUCCAGAAUAGCAGAGGAGCAGGUGAGCAGAGAAAUGGCACGAGUGUUUUUACAGACAUGUUUUGACUGGCUCUGAAAUAAUUAGUCAUGAAUCUCUUUGUCACAUUUAUUCAAAUCCCAAUGAAAUAUUUUGUCAGCCUGUGUACAAAAUCUCAAUUUGGAUGCUCUUUUAAUUUGUGCUGAAAAAGAUUCAGUGCUUUAACGCUCCUAACUCAGAUUCACACAUGGUGACAUUAUUGACACCUAAAAGCUUAUGGAAGGCGUCUCAGUGGACUGAAGCUUCAAUGAUUCUUGCAGAAAUUCAUAGUUUUUGUGACAUUUUAGAAAUAAAAAUCAUGCGCCGUGACACAAAAAUAUCUUGAGCUUGUUUAGAUGUACUGCAUUAGAUAUAUAUCUUUGUUUGUUGUGUAUCAAACCAAACAUUUGUUAUUUAUUUUAUUUUUGCACAAAAAUAAUGACAUUUUUCAUACAAAGAAGUACAGCAAAACUGUGUAGUAGAAGAAAGAAGCCUAAAGGGCUUAUAAGGAAUCCUCCCCAUUAAUACAAGUAAAUUUAAACAUCUGAAUCUUAAACAUACAACAUCAAACAAACUAGAUGACAAGAAAAUAAAGAAACAUGUGCAACAAAAAAAAAGAAAAAUAAUAAAACCAAACUGAAUACCCUUUAAAUAUUGAUCAGGUGCAAGCGUACUGUUAACACAGAAAUCUAUUUGGAUAAAAGAUUUUGUUUUAAGUGAUAAAUUAUAUUGUUUUAACAUUGUUGCCAGAUACUGUCUUGUUUCACCUUUUCAUAAUGCUUUGUACAUACUUUUAUAGUGAUGUAAAAGUGUGUUGUAGUUUAAUUGUGUUACCCUUGUUUUUGCACAGGACCAGCGUCAGACUGAGUCCAUUCAGAUGCUGCAGGGCCAGCUGGAGAACGUGACUCAGCUGGUGCUCAACCUGUCUGUCAUCGUCAGCCAGCUGCAGAGUGAGGUAGAUACAACACCUCAGGCACAAAGCCUUCAUCUUUGAUCAGCAUUUCUCACCUUGAUGUCAAACUCGGUACAUUUAGUCUGAAUCUGUGACAAAGUAAUUAUGAUGAACGGAUGCCUUAUAUCCUCAUUUGCAUUUUAGUCAUCGUUGAAGCCUGUUUUCUUUACUGUGUGUUGAUCCUUUUAUUACAUCGGUUAUUGCUGCUGUUUACUCCUUCAGUCAUUAUUAAUGAUCUAUCUAUAUUGUAGGUUGCAGACCGGCAGUCCUACUUGCUGCUGUCUCUGGGGUUGUGUGUGUUUUUUGGACUGAUGCUGUUCAUCAAAUCCCGUCGCAUCCCCGCCGCCCCUCCAGCCACAGAACCAGAACCACCCAUACCUAAGAGCUACACCUACUGCCAGCCUGAAAGGUAAAAAGACGGUCAUAUACUGCAACCUGCUGCUAAAAAUAUGGAAAUCAUUACAAGUCCUACCAUGUACAAAUGCUAUCUUGAUGAAAGAAAGGCCAAAUGUGACUGAAAUGCAUGUCUUUAAAAAGAGGAUAAAAAGCAAACAAGAAAGCUUUAGUUUGAGGGUGAAUGUGAAUAAGCACUCAGAGGGGGUUCAGAGUGGGUUAGUACAGCGUAUAGGCAGAGGUUGUGGUGCUUUGAAUGACUCCUACUCCCUGCACAAGAUAUUCAUGAAGAACAUCUGAGGAAUCCUAAGUGAUGACACAUCUGUGACUCAUGUCACAUUAAAUGUUCCACAUGCACUCAUUUCCUUCAACCAUCACUCUCUCCUAACAGGCAGCUCUCCUGCGAUGAGGCCAGCCUGAAGAGGAGUGCAUCCUAUCCACUCAUCCACUCUGAGUCAUUUCAGCUUGCCGAUGGUACGGUACUUGAGUGAUAAUGCUAAACUGCCUCAAGGCUUUUCUUAUCCAUCUUUUAAAAGUACCUGAUCAAUACAGAAUCAAAAUAACUCUGACUUUUCGGUCGUUGACCUCACUCUUUGGCUCACAGACCCUGAAAACCUGCACUCAGAGGAGACGCAGAGUCUUUGCCCGGCAAACAGAAAAGUGAGUAUAGAUGAUUUCUUACUUGCAGCAUGUGUGUGUUAGAAAUAGUGUGUUUUUCUUUUUGUUAAUAGCUAAUAUUUCUGUACAACAGAGGAGACGUCGAAGGCUGAAGCCCAUGGAGAAAGUGGAGACCCUGAAACCAUCAUUUCAUGUCACUCCUGAACUGUGCAAUGGAGCUGUUCUAUGUAACGGCCUUCCUGUCACCACAAACCCUCCUUCCUUUGCUCAGCGGUUACUCCAGCCCAUGUUCAGAGACUCACCGUCAGAGGGCAGCUCAGAGGGCUCCUCGCACUCAGAUGACCCUUCCUUCUGUGGAAUAACCAGAGCUUGCCCCCGGAUCUGCGACGGGCUCCCUCCACCCAAGACCCGGGCAGAGAAACGGGCUUCGAGACGCAGGCGUCCUAAACCCAGCUGUGCUGUGGUGGACUUUCUUCAAGCCCCAAGAAGGGACAGGAAUGAACCAUCAACCAUCUCCACCAUACACGACCUGAUGAACAGGAAAACAGAGCAAAGCCCUGGGACAUUUGGGGUUAAUGUGACCCUCUCAGGUCCUGUUUGAUAUGUGACAUCUCCACUCCCUCUCACUAACUGCUAUCUCUUUAAAAAAGAGGAUGGAUGUUUAUUUCUUUAGCCACAGGCAGCUUUGAGCUCUAACAUGAGACAUUUUUGUCCUCUAUAAGAGGAGUUUUCUUCUGUUCAUGAUGUUCUCUGUUCAACUGUGUUUAUAUUUGUUACACUUCCAAUCAACAGAAUGUCUUCCAAGCUUUCCAUUAAAGCUUCUCUCUUUAGUUUGGA